UGGAAUCCUCUUCCCCAAGAAACACACCUGUAACCCCUAAACCCCUCUCUCCUUUCAAUUGCAAGGCGGCUAUUGAGAUUGAAGCGGAGCGGCUUCUCCUCCUUCUUCUUUAUCCAUAGACACAGAGAGAGGGAGAUGGAUCACUUGGCAGCGAUGGAAGAGCGCUUAGUAUCCGAUAGAUUGAGAAGAAAGCUCGAGGAUGUGAACGCCGCCGCGCAGAAGCAGCUCUCCCCCAUCCAAGAUCACGUCAAUUUCACCCUCCAACAAGCGUACUUCAAGUGCGCUUAUGAGUGCUUCGACAGGCGGCGGAAGCAGGAGGAGAUAAGCAACUGCGUGGAGCAUUGCAGCGUCCCGGUUCUUAAUGCCAACAAUAUGGUUGAGACUGAAAUGGCGAAGUUUCAGGAACGACUGAAUCGGUCUUUAAUGGUGUGCCAAGACAAGUUCGAGGCAGCAAAACUCCAGAAAAUCAAAACAGAUGCCAUGACUGACCUAGAGUCCUGCGUAAACAAGGCUAUUGAUGACAGCCUAGGCGCCCUCCCACAUGUUGUUGAUCACGUCAAGGCUUCUCUCUCCAUCAACUGAGUCUUCUAAUUGGCUUCAGGAUUUCAAGCAAUUUAACUCACGAUAAAAACAAGAUCAGAAUUUUAUGGACUCCUGUUGAUAAAUUUUUAGAAAACAUGUGCAGGAGGCAGGCAAAAAAAUGAUGACUCGUGGUUAUUCCAUUUUAUUGAGUCAAGCAGCAUUUCAUGCAAUUGUUUUCUGUAUUAUCUUUUUAACCAUAAACUGUAUCUUAUCAGUCACCCUUCAUUCAGAAACUAACUGCAGGUGAUCCUGCAUUGCAAACAUUUUAAUACCUUUGUUGGUUUCUCAAAGAAUUCCUGAAAUUAAAUUAUUUAUCUUGCUGUCA